AUGUCUCUUUUCGGCAAUCUGAACACCGGGGCGGCCAGCCAGCCAGCCUCCAAUACUGGAGGAGGCCUGUUUGGCGCCUUGGGCGGUGGAGGCCUGCUGGGCGGCAACACCAACACCACCACCGCCGCCAACCAGGCGACUGCCAAACCAAGUGCCUUUGGGCCUGGGUCGACUUUGUUUCCCCCGCAGAGUACCAGCUCAGCUCCGGCCGGGGGCGGCCUGUUUGCGUCCACAAAUCAGCCGGCGACGACCUCUGCAACCAGCCUGUUCAGCGGCAGCACGGCAACCACGGCGGCGCCCAGUCUCUUUGGCACAACCCCGGCGAACCAAACACAGUCCAACGCGUCGAACAAUCUUGGAAAGAGCCUAUUCGAAAACUCCAUCAAUACCCAAGCAGCCAAUGCGAAUGGCGCGAACCAGCAAGCUGCCCCGACCGGCGCCUUCUUCGACAGCCUGCUUGCCAAGAAUAAGAGGGUCCAGUUCGAUGAUGGAAACACGGCUAUGGAGGACCUGCCCAGCUUGCACCUCGGCCUGGGGGAUCUGAGGCAGCGCCUGCGCAAGCUCGGCCCCAAGGCAACCCCGGGCGACCGCCAGAUUGACGGCCGCGCGCACUACCUCCUUGCUGCCUCCGGCGUCGACCCCGGCACCGCCGUGCGCGAUCUGGGCUCCCUGGGCUUCCAGACCUCGAGGCUUGACCGGUCUGUCUACGGUGGAGCUCAGGGCGAGGUUGACGUCGAAACCUAUCUCUCGAACUUGCAGAACAAGACUACAUUGAGCAUGAUCGCAGACGGGCUGGAGAGGUCUGUCAGGGACUUUGAUGCGUUCUUGGAGGACAAUGUCACAAUGGAAUGGGAGGCACAACGGAGACGCAUCUACGAGCACUUUGGCAUCAAAUCAAAAUCCCAAUCGGCUGGUGGUCCGGGAGCGUCGCCGGGGAGGGAGUCCAGGGGUGGAUUCGGCAAGUCGCGACGCAAGGGUGUGCUCUCGUCUGGCCCGGAUAAGUCGACAACAAGAGAGAGCGCAUUUGGACGAUCAGGUCUUGGGAGGUCUGUCAUCGGAACGCCCAGCAGGAUUGGCGCCCAUUCUUCCGAAUUUUCAGACGUCGGAAGCGCUGGUGCUGGCAGCGGCCCGAACGGGACUGAUGACCGGUUCCUGCGCGAGAAGCAACUCAAGCUGGCGGAGAAGAUUCAUCAACUGAACGACGCCCGCCAGCAGGCGCAAGCUGUUGCCUACCCGAUCCUCAACGAGCUCGCAGAGGUCGAGUCGAAAACCGGUGACCGGCACGGCGAGCAUCUUGUUGAUGCUUACCGCGCCAUGGUGCAGAUUGUGGGGGAGAACCCCGAUGCAGACUCUCCGGGCGCAGAUGCUACGGCUAGCGAGCGACAGUUCUCUAGCGUCUAUCUCAGCGUUGAGCCGAAUACGCCGGGGGCAAUCUCUCUUCGCAAGCGGAUUCUGGCUGGUGCCAAUCGGUUCCUCGAGAAGAAGUUCAUGGACCAGAUUGAACAGCAGAUAGCCAAGAACCCGCUCAAUGCUCAACUUGGUGGGCGACCGGACGUUGUCAGCAAGACCAAGGCAUACGUACGCCUUCUGGCCCAGGGCAAGCACCUUGCCCCCGACAACACAGAUCUUCAGUCGAUCAGGAGGGAAGGCCAGGAUGAGUAUGUCUGGGCAGUCAUCUUCUAUCUGCUCCGGUCAGGCCAUGUGAACGAGGCCGCGCGUUAUGUCAACGACAACCAGAACCACUUCAAGAGUAUCGACCGAUCGUUCCCCGCCUUCAUGAGCGACUAUGCCACGAGCGAGGAGCGGCGUCUGAAGAGGCAACUUCAGGACAGGUGCAACACUGAGUUCAGUCAACGCAUCCGCAAUGCUCCUGACAACUCGGUCGACCCGUAUCGUGCGGCUUGCUACAAGAUCAUUGGCCGCUGCGACCUGAGCAACCGCAGCUUCGAGGGUUUCACUGCAGACGUCUACGACUGGAUGUGGCUGCAGUUCAACCUCGCUCGUGAAGGGGACCGCUCGGUGGAGAUCUGGGGGGAGACGUUCGGGCUGGCCGAGGUGCAGAACACCAUCAAGGAGGUCGGCCUGAAGUACUUCCCCAAGAACAAUGUCGACGAUGCUAAUGGCAACUUCGGCAUGUUCUUCUUCAUGCAGAUCAUGUCGGGCAUGUUUGAGCAGGCAAUUGCAUACCUGUACUCGUUCUCCUACGUGGACGCGGUCCAUUUCGCGAUCGCGCUGGAGUACUACGGGCUGCUGCGGGCCUCGGACUCGAUGACGGCCAACAACGACCUUCUUACGCACAACACACGCGAGCGACCUCAGAUCAGCUUCGGGCGGAUGCUGGGCUUCUACACGCGUGACUUCCGUGCGGGCAACGUCGCAGCGGCAGUUGACUACAUCAUCCUGAUCUGCCUGAACCUCGACGACCCGAACCAGGAAGCCGGCAGGCAGCAUGCAGAGCUGUGCCACGAGGCGCUCCGCGAACUCGUACUGGAGACGAGGGAGUUCAGCAAGCUGAUUGGCGACAUUCGACCCGACGGAAAACGCAUUCCGGGAAUAAUAGAGAACCGAGGGUCCCUGAUCGGCCUCUCUGACGAGCGGGAAUUCGUCAGAAGCAUCACGCUGCAAGCAGGCCGUUUCGCGAAUGACAAUGGGCGGACGACAGACGCAGUGCUGCUCUACCACCUGGCCGAGGACUACGACACGGUGGUGGCCAUUGUCGGCCGGGCUCUGAGCGAGGCCAUCUCGCUGGAGGUGGGAGGGGAGCCCCUGCGGCUUCAGCCAGUCAAGCCACGUGUCGAGGACGGCCGGGCUGGAGCAAAUGCGAACAACAGCCUCAGCCUGGCGUCCAUUGACGACCCUGUGGAGCUGGCAAGGACGAUGAUGCACAUGUACGAAGGGGAGCGGUUCUUCCGGGAGAGCAUACAGGAGGUGAACCGCAUGGCGUGUAGCGUGCUGCUGCAGAUGUCGGAGAUCAAGAGCCUCGUCGGGGCUGGCUUGUGGGUGCAGGCCCUGGACGCAAUCAAGCACCUGGAGAUCCUGCCCCUGACGGCAACGGGCGACCCAUCGGCAAUCCGGGCGUACGCAGCUAAGUUCGCAAGCCUGCCGCAGGUGGUUGCGGCGAACGUGGGCAAUCUGCUGAUGUGGACGGUGAUGUGCUGCACGCGGCAGCGAGAGAAGCUUGGCAGCGGGCAGUUCAGCGGCAACGAGAGCACGUCAAGGGACCUGCAGGUGCAGCUGAAGCAGAUGAGCAUCGACCUGACGGCGUACACCAGCCAGCUCCGGUACAGGUUCCCGGCCCACCUGCUGGAGGCGCUGGCGAGGGCAUCGGCCGACUGA